GAGAAAAAUAAAAGUUUUUAUUUCUCGAAUCUUUCAUUCGAAAAGUUUAUUUACUUAUUUUCCUGUGAGUGCUAAUGAACAUUAUAUAAGAAAAUGCACGUGGAAAUAUUAGUUCAAAAUUAUGUUAAACAAUAAUUGAAAAAAAAUCUAAAUUUUAUAGUACGUAUUACCUGUUUUACGUAUGUUUACGUAAUCUAAAUUAUUUUGAAACUCCGAUAAUUUUUAAGUUUUUCUUUCAAAUGAAAACGUCAUUGUAGGAGAACUUCAGAAGCAAUAGAUUGGAUUAAAAUCAAUUGAUUUAGACUCUGAGUCAGAAUCUUCUAUAACAGUCGUUCACACCUGUAAGUGAUGAUGGUUCCGGAAAUGCGGAGUUGCCGUUACCAGAAGUCUUCACCCCCUCUCACUUCAACACCUCCUUUCGUCAGUAGUACCACUCAACAGUCACAUUACGACAUGACCUACGGACCUCCCCAGCACUUUGACUAUCACAGGUCCACACAACAGUACAACAACAGAUAUUUCUGUAGUCAAGAGGAUGCAUCAGCCAACAGACCUUGCCACCAACAGAAGCAGCAGCAUCCAUACACUAUGGAAGUCAUACCAGAAGAUCAUUUGAACGAGAACUUUGGCUACGAAAAGAACGCAGAAAAGAUUCAACGAUGCCAAUCAUCAGAAGUAUCCACUUCUUCAGAUGAUACAAGAAUUUGUAUGGAGAUGAAAGAUACAAGACUUCCUUCGACUGCAGAACCAGUUCAGUAUCAACCGUCCUUCACAUCCAGCUCUUCCGCUUCCACAUCUCCCGGGACACCCUCCCAAUAUUCGCACUCAGAAAGAGAUUGUUACCGCCAUGAAGAUUAUCUAUCCAAUCAUUGUGCCUUUAUGUCGCCCCAACAACAAAGCUCAACAUCUCGCUCAAAAAAUCCGGCAUCAGGUAGUGAGGAUGAAGAUGAGGAGGAAGAAGAUGAAGAGGAGCAGCAUGUCCUAGCUCCCCCUCCCCUGCACAGGGGGUCGAACUCCAUGGAAGGUCACGUUACAGACACUGGUCGCCGAUGCUUACUGUGGGCAUGCAAAGCCUGUAAAAGAAAGAAUCCGACUGUAGACAGAAGAAAAGCAGCUACAAUGAGAGAACGCAGGAGGCUCAGAAAGGUGAACGAAGCUUUCGAGACACUAAAACGAAGAACGAGUCCGAAUCCGAACCAGAGGCUACCAAAAGUAGAAAUACUUCGAAAUGCAAUCGAUUACAUCGAACAUUUAGAAGAAAUUCUGCAAGGGACACACGGAAUUAGAACUCGACAGCUGAUUGGCGACAGACGGAAUCUUAUUCGAGAUAUGAGUACUUAUGACUACAGGAAUGUGCAUAGUCCUCAAUAUCUGGAUGAACGAUACAGACCAUACAGCGCAGAGCCACAGAGAUUCAGUCCAUUAAGCGGAACAAACGAAACACAAGGUUCGUCACCAGUUUCAAGCUUGGACUGUCUAUCUUUAAUUGUAGAAAGCAUAACCUCCAAUGCAAAUAAUCUUAUAACAACCGUUUCCAUGGCAACAGAUAACAGACCCACUUGAUUAUGGAUAAAUAAAAUUAUGAACAUUUAAAAAACUUUUUACCAAAGAAACUGCGUAGAUUUAUGUAAAAAUAUGAAGUCAUAAAAUGUCUAAUAAUGAAAAUUAUUUCUUUACAAAUACUUCUCAAAUCUUAAGGAUUCUUUUAGUUUCUCAGAAGAUCAACAAUGUGACAGUUGAUUGGAUAAUGAAAUUUUUGAUUUUUCAAAAAUAUUUUGUUGAUUGCUUUAUUUUAGAUGACAAAAAAAGCAUGAGUUUGACAUUGCUUAUGAAUUAUAUACUUUGAAGAAAAAUAUUUAUACCCCAGAAGGAUCAGUUUCUGCACCAAUGCAAAAAACUGCUGCAAUUGUCUCUUUAAUUUGAAAUUGAUUUUUGUCAAAUUUAGUAUGAAAAAUCAAUAAAAAAUGUCAAAAUAAAAACAAUAAUCAAUUGAUGCCAAAUUACAAGCAAAGUGCAAUAUUUUUAGCAACUGUCUACAUUAUUUAUUUUUUCAAUGCAACUCUUAUUGUAUCUAUGUAUUUAUUUUAACAAAACGGAAUGUACCGAAAAUGCCGGCAUUUAUUUAUAGAAAUGUUUAUUGAUUUUGUUUUCAAUGUUACGAUUUUAUCAUCUGAUUUUAUCUUUCAAUAAUUAUUUAAAACAGAACUGAUCACAAAUGAUCAAAGAAUGUAGAAUGUGUCUUUAAAAAUGUAAUAGUUUUAUAUCAGACCUAUUAUAAAUAAAAAUAAAAAAACUUUUUGAGAUUAA